AUGGCUGUGGCCCUGGGCUGUGCAAUCCAGGCCUCCUUGAAUCAUGGCUCCACGCUUAAAGAGUACGAUACUGAGUGUGAAGUCUUCCGUCAGCGCUUCAGGCAGUUCCAAUACCAACAGGCAGCCGGGCCUCGUGAAGCUUUCAACAGCCUCUGGGAGCUUUGCUCUCAGUGGUUGAAGCCAACGAUCCAUUCUAAGGAAGAAAUCCUGGAGCUGCUAGUGUUGGAGCAAUUCCUGACUAUUCUGCCCUCAGAGAUAGAGACCUGGGUAAGGCUGUACCGCCCAGAGAACAGAGAAAGAGCUCUGGCACUGGUGGAAGACUUACAGAGAGAACUUGAGAUACCAGAGCAGCAGGAGGCCACCGUGGCAGAGGAGCAGAUCCCACAGGCAGGGCCACAGUACCCGAGGGAUGGUGAUGAUAGGGAAUGCCAGCCCUUUUCCGAGCCAGCUGCCCAGGUGAAUGAGAUGCAUGAUAAGUUAAAGCUUGAGAACCCCUGGCCCAGGCGCUACAGGUUUCUAUUUCUUCUCUUAGGUUUUGAUAUUGGUAGCGAAAAUGAAGAAAAUAUUUCCCAACAGAAGAAACUGGAGAAUGCGCAUCCAUUUAAUUUUACUUUUGAGGGUAAUGCUCUCCAUGCUCGAGUUUUACCAGAAAAGUAUAAACAAUUAGAAAAUAAACAGGAAAACCUCCCGUAUUUAUCAGAGCUUGUAGGUGAUCAGAACCACCCUCUAGGAGAAAAACCCUCAGGUUCCAACCUGGAAGAACAUCUUAUUCCUAAACCAAAUAAGAAAAAGAGUCCACGAGGGAAACCUCACCAAUGUUCUCAUUGUGGUAAACGUUUUCCUCAGAAGUCACAACUUACUGGGCACCAGAUUAUUCAUUCAGGAACAGAGCCUUAUCAUUGCCCUGAAUGUGGGAAAAGUGUCCUUCGUAGGUCAGACUUUUACAGACACCAACGACUUCACAUAGGGAAGAGGCCCCAUGAAUGCAGCAUACGUAAAAAGCAAUUCACUCGGCGGUCACACCUUAUAGACCACCACAGAAUUCAUCUUGAAGGAGAAACCUAUAAAUGCCUUGAGUGUAGGAAAAGCUUUCACCAUCCAUCAAGUUUGAAAAGACACCUGAAAACUCAUACAGGUGAAAAACCUCAUAGAUGUGAUACUUGUGGGAAAAGUUUUAUUCGACCGGCAGCUCUUACUUUGCACCAGACAACUCACAGUGGAGAGAGACCUUUUAAGUGUAAUUACUGUGAGAAAACAUUUAGACGGAAACCAAACCUUGUUAUUCAUUUAAGAAUUCAUACAGGGGAGAAGCCAUACAAGUGUAGUUAUUGUUCUCAAAGCUUCAGACAGAGAACAGGCCUUAUUAUGCACCAAAUCACUCACUUGACAGAAUUGUUGAGGGAAACAGGUUCUACAGAAGUUAACAUUAAUUCAUAAAAAUCUUCACCUACAACAGCCAAUUUGUCCUGAAAAAAGUUUUGUUUGAGCUAUAAGAUCAGCUCCCCCUCCCUUUUAAAAACCCGUUUUCCGAGGUGUAUGAAUUCUCGACUACCUACCUACUCUUGGCAACUGUCCUAGAUUUGAUUCAUUCCGUCUGCACAGC